GGUAGGCAAGUAUGUUCUUAAUAGACAUCAGAACUCACACAGGUGAGAAACCAUUUCCGUGCUCUGAGUGUGGGAAAUGUUUUACAUGGAAAUCAGGUCUGGUUACACAUCAGAGAACUCACACAGAUGAGAGGCCAUUUUCUUGUUCUGAGUGUGAGAAAUGUUAUACCACGAAUACACGCCUAGCUAGACAUCAGAGAGCUCAGCACAGGAGGGGGAGUAUAUAGAGGAACACAGGGGUCUGUACAAGGACGUGAUGAUGGAAAAUCACCGGCCCCUCACAUCGCUGGAUGGUCCCAGUAACAGAGAUACCCCAGAGAGAUGUCACCAUCCUCUGUAUUCCCAGGAUUGUACAGAGGAGAAUCACAGGAUCCCACAGGAGGAUCAGGAGGAAGAACUGACUGAUUUUAUGGCAGAAGACACAGAGGGAGAAGAAGAGACGCAUGUGAGUGAUCUGAAGGCAGAAGAUACAGAGGGAGAAGAAGCGACGUAUGUGAGUGAUAUGAAGGCUGAAGAUAUAAAGGGAGAAGAAGAGACGUAUGUAAGUGAUAUGAAGGCAGAAGAUCUAGAGAGAGAAGAGACGUAUGUGACUAAUAUGAGGGCAGGAGAUACAAAGGAAGAAGAGAUGUAUGUGAGGGAUGCUAAACAGGAAGAGGAAAAGCCUUCAGAUAUCAGCACAGGUGGAAACAAUACAAGGAAUACCUCGGAGGGACAUGUCGUUUCAUUUCCAGAUUUUAAAUUCAAAGAUGAGAACAUCACACGAGGCUCUCCAGACGGAAACCUAAAUAUACAUCCAGCAUUUCACAGUGCAGAUAUAUCUUCUGAUCCCUAUAUUCCUGAGGAAUGUUCUCCUAGUAACUCAAAUAUCGCUGCACAUAGUACAGAUCGUAACAGUGAUAGAAUAAACAAAUAUGAUCGAAGUCACACAGGAAAGAAACUAUUAAAGUGUUCUGAGUGUGGGGAAUUGUUUACACGGAAAUCACUUCUUGUUAUACAUCAGGGAUAUCACACAGGUGAGAAACCAUUUCCACAUUCUGAGCGUGGGAAAUGUUUUACACAGAAAUCACAUCAAGUUAAACAUAAGAGAAGUCACACAGGGGUGAAUCCAUUUUCGUGUUAUGAGUGUGGGGAAUGGUUUCCACGGAAAACACUUCUUGUUAGACAUCGGGGAUAUCACACAGCUGAGAAACCAUCUCUGUGUUACGAGCAUGGAGAUUUUUUUACACAGAAAUCAGAUCUUGUUGCACAUGAGUGA